AAUUUAGAAUGUUUUAUAAAUCAAUGAUUUAUUUGGAUUUCUUUUUAAUAUGCCAACAACUACAUGCUUAUGAAUUUUCAUACAAUUACAACAACUUUAUAUCCAAUUUAUAUUAUUUAAUUUUGUAAAAGCGUAGUCAAAUAUAUAAAUAUCUAAACGGUGUCGUACUGAUGUUUCUGACCCGAUUGUAAAACCGAUCCGGUUUUUACCAACUCGCUUUUUUAUGCUCCGUCACGCAGUCUCAAUCUCUCAUCAUUCAUCAAUGGCGAACGAAGGCACGAUUAACGGCUCGGAGGUGGAGUCCAAUCAGAACUUGACACGGCAUCUGGUGGGCGAUGGAGGGAAGGAAGAAACAGACGCCGUUAACGGCAGUGAGUCCGUCGAACCGGAGCCGUCUGGUCAUCGGAAGGAGAUUAUGAAAGCUCUGGAGGCGGUGGAGAGAGAUUCAUCUGCGAUCGCCGAGAGUUUCUCCUCUCUCUUCAAUUCUCUCCGCUUCUCUCUCUCCCAGGCCACAAGCUCUACAGUUGAUCACAUGAGCUGCUUCAGCGAUGCAGCCGGUCGCCUUCAAGAAUGCGUGCUGGAUGCAUCGACAAAAGGAAAUCGAUACAUAAAUUCUUGUCUGAGAUUAAACGAAGAAAUGAAAGGGAUGGAUGCUCUUGCCACACAACUAAAAAUUCUGAGGAGGCAUGUCGAUGCACUGGACACAGCUGUAGAUAGACUUGUUCGAUUCCCUUGAUCUUGUGGAAUUCAACCAAUGACAACUUAGAUUCUCCUUAUUGUUUGUUUGCGUUGAAGGUUAUAGUUGAUUUCUACUGACUAGCAGGGGUUCGAUAUUUGUAGCAUGUACAGAAAUCACAUUUUUUUUAUCUCGAGAAAAUUUUCGUAUUAGUACAUUCUUA